GACCAACCCUUCCGUAGGUCAUAGAAAGUGAUCGCAAACUCAAUAUUCAGCUGUCAUAACUUGACGUCGCUCUGCACUCCUCAGCGAUUUCUUGCAUUCAACUUUCGAUCAUGGCGAAGCAUUCCCAAUACGAAUCCUUGUCUGACCAUGCCUGCGACCCGUACAUCUUCGACACCAGUCACUUUGAGAAUCUCUUGCGGGAAAAUUCAGAGCGCACCUUAGUCUCUGACGAUGAAUUACAAAUCAAGGUGGUGGAAGUUGGUAACAAAGACUGGGUGUUCACGUUGGUUGACCAAUUUGAGACGUACCUUGAGACAAGUCGAUUCCAAGGUACACGUAUAAUAUUAAUACCGCAGCUUUACUCUUGGGGACGCUUGACUAUCUCUGAAUGUGCCCUGCGUCGACUCAUUCACCAUUUGAACAUAUUUCCUGCAUUCAUUGAUGUCCUCUGUGCUUUCGGGAAGUCAACCUCGGAAACAAGCGACUCACUUGGGGGCUGUUAUAGUUGGCAAGCGGGGUCUGUAUCAGAACGUUGAGCGUCAUGGGCGUGACGACUCUGACGAGCCGUGGUCAAUCCGCCAAUUAGGUGUCUAUCACCAACAUGAUACUGUGGCUGGUAAUGAUACAUUGAUACUACUGAACCCGAUGAUCAGCUUUCAAAAACGCUUGAAAGACGCGCAAACGAAGACUGGAAGUAUCCCAAGCUGGCGUAGUGUA